AUGGGCACGAAGAGAGAAAGAGACGAGGCCAAGCCGGCCGAGGAUGUCAAGAUGGCCGACGACAGCUCCGACGAUGAGGACUUUGAUGUCGUCAACGUCGACUUUGAAUGGUUUAACUUUGACCCCGAGAUCGACUUCCAGGGCACCAAGACGCUGCUGCGCCAGCUGCUCGACGUCGACUCGACGCUCUUCAACAUCUCAGGCCUCGCGGACCUCAUCUUGUCGCAGCCCACGAUUGGAUCGACCGUCAAGGUCGACAGCAAGGAGAACGAUGCUUACGCCCUCACAACGGUGCUCAACAUCAAGGAGCACAGCCAGAAGCCCGAAAUGGCGGAGCUCGCCAAGUACAUCAUCGACAAGGCGCAGACCAACGCCGCGCUCGCCCCGAUCCCGCAGGUUAUCAACGGCGGCGCCCAGGUCGGCCUGGUUAUUUCCGAGAGGCUCAUCAACAUGCCCUCCGAGAUCGCGCCGCCCAUGUACCGCAUGCUGAUCGACGAGGUCGAGGCCGCCGUCGAGGACAAGGAGCCCUACGAAUUCACGCACUACCUGAUCCUCUCCAAGACGUACCAGGAGGUCGAGUCGACGCUCACUGAGACGGAGAGAAAGGGCAAGAAGGCCAAGGCCGACGCCGCCAUGUGGCACUUUCACCCCGAAGACGAGGUAUUUGUCAAGCACGCGACGGCGCACGGCUCGUUCCAGUUCACCAACGAGGAGAAAGCGGUGGCGGACAGCAAGCGCGCCUUCCAGGAAAUGGGUGUGAAGUCGCAUGGCUACCUGAUCCUGAUCGAGGCCAGCAAGUGGGAGGGCGCGGUCAAGGCGGUAGAGCAGUACCUGAGCCCGCCGCAAUAG